AGAGGGGGGAGAUUUAUACUGUAUAGCAACGAGUGGGGGGGGGGGCUGCAGGAGCAGUUUGACCUCGCGAACCCCCCCGCCCCCCCCCGCAUGCCAGGCCGGGAGGUGGCGGCACGGGGGGGGGGGGGGAGAGGCAGCACUGCUCACGCCGUCAGCCCGCGUGCUGGGUCCCUGCCCGGCCCUUGGCCCCCGAGGCGCGAGGGAGAUGGGAUUUCUCGCUCCCCUGACACAAGUGUGGCGCCCGCCUUCCAAUCUUCCCCGAAUGAGCGGGGCAUGGGGCGGCGGGGAGGCUGCUGCUCCGAUCGGGGUGCCCGACUACGGGGUACCCCACCAGGCCCCGGCCUCUCUCACCGCUGUUUCGGGGACGGGGCGCCACCCCCCCCGCCUCGCCUCGCGCUGCCCGCGCGCCUGCCAGUUGUUGCUCGUGCGCUAGCCCGUGCCGUACUGCGCCGUUUGAACCCUCACUCUCCCCGUCGUCUGGGAGGUGCUAACAUGGCGGCGGCGCUGCGGGUCUUGUGGGGGUGGAGAACUUCCCGAGGAGCCGGCGCAGGGAUUUCUAUAAUCCAGGAAUGUUACUGAUGAAAUGACAUUACAGGAGGUUAUUGCUGCACUGCAUUUCUUGGAUGAAAGCCAAACAGUUACUUUCUGUAGAGUGGGUAAAAUCCCCUAAUUGCAUAUUUACAUGUGUAGAUCACUGCGUUACUGUGUUAGUCACUGUCUCUAUGCAGCAAUGACAAGGCUGGAAGAAGCAAAUAGAGAAGUGAACAUGCAUUCAUCGGUCCGAUACCUUGGCUAUUUAGCCAGGAUCAGCAUAUUGGUUGCUAUAUGUCUGGGCCUUUAUGUCAGGUGGGAGAAGACUUCAGAUGCACUAAUACUGGUAAUAUUUAUCCUGGGACUUUUUGUUCUUGGAAUUGCCAGCAUACUUUAUUAUUAUUUUUCAAUGGAAGCAGCAAGUUUGAGUCUCUCCAAUCUUUGGUUUGGAUUCUUGCUUGGCCUCCUCUGUUUUCUUGAUAAUUCCUCUUUUAAAAAUGACGUGAAAGAAGAAACAACCAAAUACUUGCUCCUUGCCUCCAUAGUUAUAAGGAUAUUGUGUGCUUUGGUGGAGAGGAUUUGCGGCUGUGUCCAUCAUCGACCAACUCUGCUGACAACAGUUGAAUUUCUGGAGCUGGUUGGAUUUGCAAUUGCCAGCACAACUAUGCUGGUUGAAAAAUCCAUGAGUAUCAUCUUGUUGGUUGUGGCUUUGGCCAUGCUGAUUAUUGAUUUGCGGAUGAAGUCUUUCUUGGCAAUUCCAAAUUUGGCAAUUUUUGGAGCUCUGGCAUCUUUAUUGUUUUUUCCUUCCCUGAACAUUCCCACAAACCCAUUUGCCUUGGCCUGUUUCUUUAGUUGCCUGAUUUCAGACCCUCUUCUUGAUGUCUAUUUCAGCGGACUUUCAGUUACUGAACGAUGGAAGCCCUACUUGUACCGUGGUAGAAUUUGCAGAAGGCUUUCAGUCAUCUCUGUUGGAGUAAUUGAACUUAUCUUUUUCAUUCUAGCAGCAUUUAAAUUAGGUGACUUGGGUCUCUGGUAUUUUGUUAUACCUGGUUUUUCCAUUUUUGGAAUUUUCUGGAUGAUCUGCCACAUUAUUUUUCUUAUAACUCUUUGGGGGUUUCAUACAAAAUUAAAUGACUGUCACAAAGUCUAUUAUACCCACAGGACAGAGAAUAAUAGCCUUGACCGAGUCAUGGCUUCUAAAGGAAUGCGUCAUUUUUGUUUAAUUUCAGAGCAACUAGUAUUUUUCAGUCUCCUUGCAACUGCAGUUUUGGGUGCAGUAACUUGGCAGCCAAAGAAUGGGAUCUUCAUGAGUGUGUUUCUGAUUGUUUUACCUCUGGAGUCCAUGGCUCAUGGGCUUUUUCAUGAACUGGGGAACUGCUUGGGAGGAACAUGUGUUGGAUAUGCUGUUGUGAUUCCCACCAAUUUCUGCAGUCCUGAUGGUCAGCCCACGCUUCUUCCACCUGAGCAUGUGCAAGAGUUAAAUUUGAGGUCUACAGGCAUGCUCAAUACCAUCCAGAGGUUUUUUGCAUAUCACAUGAUUGAAACAUAUGGCUGUGACUAUUCUACAAGUGGACUUUCUUUUGAUACACUUCAUUCUAAGCUGAAAUCUUUUCUUGAACUUCGGACUGCAGAUGGACCCAGACAUGAUACCUAUGUUUUGUAUUAUAGUGGUCACUCUCAUGGCACUGGUGAAUGGGCACUAGCAGGUGGCGAUGCAUUACGGCUUGACACGCUUUUGGAAUGGUGGAGAGAGAAGAAUGGUUCUUUUUGUUCGCGACUUAUAAUUGUGUUAGACUGUGAGAACUCCCAGCCUUGGGUUAAAGAAGUAAGAAAAGUCAAUGAUCUAUAUAUUGCAGUACAAGGAGCAGAAUUUGCCAGAGUGGAAGACAUUGAGGAAGCAGACCCUCCGCAACUUGGUGACUUUACCAGAGAAUGGGUUGAAUACAAUUGUAACCCUGACAAUAGCAUCAGCUGGUCUGAAAAGGGCCGUGCGGUGAAAGCAGUGUAUGGUGUGUCAAAACGCUGGAGUGACUAUACUCUACAUUUGCCGACAGGAUGUGAUGUUGCCAAACACUGGAUGAUGUACUUCCCUCGUGUUACCUAUCCCUUGGUGCAUUUGGCAAACUGGUUUUGUGGUCUCAAUCUGUUCUGGGUCUGUAAGGCUUGUUUUAGAUGCUUGAAAAGAUUUAAAAUGAAUUGGUUUCUUCCCACAGUGCUGGACACAGGACAAGGCUUCAAACUUGUCAAAUCGUAACUAAAAACCAAAGAUGAGUAAAAGUGAGAGCUCUGGGAACUUCCUCGCUCUCAAAUUUGAUUGACUUGCAAUUUUUUAUAUGUAACAGUUUUCUCUGUUGAAGAAAUCUUGCUACUUCAGUAGCUAUACUCACUGUUCAUCUUUUUGAGCAAUUACAGUAUAUGCAAAGGGUUGGAAGCUUCAUUCUAAAAUGAGAAUAGGGUUAUACUAUUUGAAUUUUGUUACUGAGUUGUAUAUAAACAUGUAAAAGAUUUAUUAAAUAUGACCAUGCACUUUUGAGACAAAAAGCUGCCUGUGUUCAGAACCAACAAAUUACAGGCUUUAAUCAGCUAUGGCUCAUAUGAUGAUACAUGGCAAUUAUAUCCCUCUCAAACUUCAAAUACAGGAAAGGAAACAAGCCAGUGUUCAAAUCAUUUUAUUAUGCCCUCACGCUUCUAUGAUGGGUUUCAGAGUAUUAUAGAACAACACAGAGUCAAAAAAUAAAAAAACUCAAGAAGCACUGUAGGUAGGUAACUGCAAGGAUAUAUAAAUUAAUUUACAUUAGCAUUCUCAGUCCCUGCCUGCGGCCCCCAUUGACAACAAUAGGAGUUGCCCACACAGAGUGAGGGAAUGAAAUGGGUCUUUGUUAGAAUAUUUUGUGGUUCCAACCAUGUUCUUGUUGACAGCCAACAAAGAGAGGUUUUCAAAUGUGAUUUUUAAAAUGUUCAAUAUUUUUUCAAAAUAAAUUCAGUCUCUCAGGUGA